AACCGGCAUCUAUAGUAAAUCACUGACAAAUGUAUGUCAGGGGAAAAUCAUGACUCGUUCUUCCAGACCUCGCUCAGCUGCACACAGGUGCUUUCCUUCAAUAUGGCCGCCUGAGGGCACAUGACGUCACGGGCCGGGCCGCUCCCCAUUCCUCAGCAGGUGGAGGAGGUUGGCACGCGGGGACAUGGACCGUGGACUCCCGACCAAAUGUCUCCGAGGACACUUCACGUUGACGUUGCAGUCAGUCGCUUCCCUCGGUGUGCUGUGUUAGCUAGGUGUGUGCUGAGUUCAAGGACCACUGCUGCGUGUGUGAGUCCGGAUUGUUAUUAUGACUCCUGACUUAAUUGAGCGCGGAUACUGAGCGAGGAGAGGGGAUUUCCUCAAAUCACAUUUCCGUCUGUAUUCGUGGCACAACAUGUUGCUGUGAUUGACAACUGUAUCAUGGAGAUCCAAGAGAGGUUGUCAUCGUGUUGGCAGACUUUUCUGGCAUUUUUUAAAAAGCCGAACGAACGCGGGGAUGCGACGAGGCGUGAGGAGAAAGCUGCCACUGUUCUUGAAAAUCCCGGAGCUAAAAGCGCAGAGCCAGACUUUCCUUCCAAACGAGCUGGACCGACGCAGCAGGGGGCGAAAGCCGGGCUCUACAUCGCCCAGUAUGAUUACUCGGCGCGCACUGGGGAGGACCUGAGCUUUAACGCCGGGGAUACUUUAGAGGCUCUAGAUAAGAGUGCUGGUGAUUGGUGGCUCGCGAAAGCCCUCACCGGGGUCUCGGCCUCCAAAAAGGGAUACAUCCCCGCCAACUAUGUGGCACCAGUGGAGAGUAUUGAUGCAGAACCAUGGUAUUUUCCUGACACCAAGAGGCUGGAUGCAGAGAAGAUGCUGAUGGCAGGAGGGAACCAGCAUGGCUCCUUCCUCAUCAGAAACUGUGAAAGUCAGAAAGGGGAGCUCUCCCUUUCAGUGCUGGACAAUGGGAGGGUGAAGCAUUACAAGCUGAGAAAACAAGAGAAUGGUCACUACUUCGUGUCAAGGACAAGAGCCUUUCAAACACUGAAUGAGUUGGUGGAACAUUACUCCAAACAGUCUGAUGGGCUCUGUGUGCGUCUGAUUGAACCAUGCAAAAAGAUGGAGGCUCCACAGACUCAUGGACUGUCAUACAACACUGUGGACCAAUGGGAGAUUGACCGCAAAUCCAUCAAGCUGCUGAGGAAGCUGGGAGCUGGUCAGUUUGGAGAGGUGUUCGAGGGCCUGUGGAAUGAUACCACAGCAGUCGCAGUGAAGACCCUAAAACCUGGUUCCAUGGACGCUGAGGACUUCCUGAGAGAGGCUCAGAUCAUGAAGAGGCUCCGGCAUGCCAAGCUGAUCCAGCUGUACGCUGUGUGCACCAUGGAGGAGCCCAUCUACAUUAUCACAGAGCUGAUGACAAACGGCAGCCUGCUGGAAUAUCUCCAGAAGGAUAAGGGUAGCACGCUACAGAUUUCCGACCAGAUUGAGAUGGCUGCCCAGGUGGCAUCAGGAAUGGCUUUCCUGGAGCUACAGAACUAUAUCCACAGAGACCUGGCAGCCAGGAAUGUCCUGGUGGGUGAGAACAACAUCUGCAAGGUGGCUGACUUUGGCCUUGCCAGGGUCUUCAUGAAAGAGAGUGAAAAUGUGUAUGAGGCUAAAGAAGGAACUAAGUUCCCAGUGAAGUGGACUGCUCCAGAGGCCAUACACGACAACAAGUUCAGUAUCAAAUCUGAUGUUUGGUCCUUUGGAAUUUUGUUGUAUGAGAUCAUGACAUUUGGACAGAUGCCAUACCAAGCCAUGACCAACUACCAAGUGGUUCAGAGGGUUCCCCAGGGCUACAGGAUGCCACGCCCCCCAAGCUGCCCCAAAGUCAUGUAUGACAUCAUGAUGGACUGCUGGAAGGAGAGCGAACAGGAUCGGCCCACAUUCGAGACCCUGCAGUGGAAGCUGGAGGACUACUUUGAUCUGGAUGUGACCUCCUACGACGACGCAGGCCGUUAUUAACACACUGUCCAGGCUGUGACACAUGGAAGACAGGAACAAAUAAAUAUUUUCUCCCGGCAGUGACACAAAAUCAGAAUUAGCUGAAUCCAACCAUGAACACACAUUGAUGUUUUUUAUGAAGUAAGAUUAAAUUGUAAUUUCAAGUACCGUACAAUGCAGCCCAAUGAAGGAACUGAAAUGUUUGAACUGACAUGCAGUGAGGAAGCUUUUACUAUAGCGACAGUUGGUUGCAACACAUCGGGGCGCGCUUUGUUUGACAACGGACUGCACUUUUAGACAGGUUGUGUACUUGUCUAACUAAACUCUUUGAGCGUACUUGACUCGGAGAAAGACAGAAAGCUGCUAUCUGUGCAUCUUGAUUAACCAGUUCUUCUUGAACUUAGCAUAGCACAGAUUUUUUCCACUUGCUACCAAGCUAUUUAUGAGUCAUGUUUACGUGCAAGCUCAGUCUGUUUGGCUUUGUGUCGACUGAGAGAUUGAACCAUCUAAGCUUACUAUUGAUGGCAUAUGUAGUGACCAGAAGUGACUUAAUAUUAUUUAAAGGUAGGUGACUGUCUUUUGCCCCCACAUCUAGAGGAGCAUACUAAAUGAAAGCACAAUACAAUUGCCUCCUUAUUAUACAAGCUACAACUGCUUUAUCUGCAUCAAAAUUAAAUUAAUUUCAUUUUAAGGUGAAGUCCACGCCCUCCACUGAAGUACAUUCUCUUCUGCCAUUGAUGCAAAACUGCUACAAGGAAGCUUAAAAGACAGGAGCGUGGUCAGAUUUGACCAGCAUCCUAUAGGUGCCAUGAAGGGGAAAAAAAUCAUGCACACAGAUUUUAAAACUAAAAUCUGUUGUUGAAAAUGAAGAAUUUGUUCACACAAGUGAUCUGAGCAUAACACUGACAUGUUAGAAAAUAUUUUUCUUUUUUAAAAUAUUCUUUUGUGUCUCCUGGCUGUGUCUUCUCCACACAAUCUGAUAUCCACCGAUGACGUUGCUCCUGGAACAUUAUUAGUGUUGCCAUCAUAGCAACUGACCAAUCAUGUUUUUUUUUGUAAUGCCAUAGAUUUAUGCCUUCUGUAAAAAAUGUUAGAAAAUAUGCACACGGUAGAAUUUUUAUUUCAACCGGGUGCAUAAUAUUGUGAAUGAGUCUAAUUGAACAAGGAUUUUUGUUCCCCAAACCUAACAAAGUAUUCUUGUUCCCUACACUCACCACCACACUCACACCAAUUUUUUUCCCUUAACCUCACCAAGUACUUUCUAUGCCUAAACCUGACCAAAUGUUUUUGUUCUCCUAAACCUAAAUGGAUAUUUUAUGUUUUCGUUCCCAAACCUAAUCUAACAGACACAGAAAACUAAUAAGAAUGGAAAAAGGUAAACCUCAGAGUUAUUGUCCUGGCGAAACAUUAAUUAUGAUAUUUUAGAUAUAACACCAACACGGCAAUAUCAGACAGACGUCUUCUCCAGUUGGGUAGGGAGCAGCACAGGCAGCAGGGGUACCAACAUGUUGGCAGGUGUGUUUUGCUAUAAGGUGCCUACAAAAAACAAAUGAAUUCCUUCAUAUUAAUCGUGUCUCCUCGUGCUCUCAAUAUUUUAUUGUGUGUCAUUUUAGCAUUAAGUUGCACCCACAUCACUUUGUAGCCAGUGGUAACGUAAUGCAAAAUAUAGAUUGAAAGCUGUCAUGUGGGACUUGGAGUAUAAUGGUUCAAUGACUGAAAAAUGUGACACUGAACUCACUUCCUCCUUUUUAAUGCAGAGCUGCUCUCAGAUCAGUGGCCACAUUCUUUGUAAUCAUGAGUGGCCACAAUAUUAAAGACAUGACACGCCUAGUCGCAUGCUUGACACAAAUGAAUAAGUGGUUAACCCCAUUGGAUCAUCUCAUGCGCUUAUGAUUUUUGUAGCUGUUUUUAUUGUCAUGAACAAAUCCUUAAUAAUGUACAUUAUAGCCAUGGCAGUGUUUAUAUAUGUAAUCAUUCUGUAUUUUAAUAUAAAUUCAUUUUAUGAAUAACCUAAUUAAAGGACUUAUAUUUACUCA